AUGGCCGAAAAGUCUUUGACCGGAGCAUGCCUGUGUGGAAAGAUCACCUACCGUGUGGAUCUCCCCACUGGCACGCCAUCCCCCAAGGUUGCUCUCUGCCACUGUGAGGACUGCAAACGGAACACGGGCACGCCCUUCUCGUCGAAUCUCCUCGUCCCCAAGCCCACUUUUACCUACACGGCCGGAACCCCCAAGGUUUACACCCAUCCGUCUGGAGAUCUGGGGAACGAACUCCAGCGGCACUUCUGUGGGGAUUGUGGGUCUCCACUCAAUACGCAGCCAGGUGGGAGAGGAGUUGUCACGGUCAAGACGGGCACAUUAGAUGCAGAGUCUCGUGGCGAGUUGGGCUUAGCAUUGGAGAUCUAUUGCAAACGAAGGGAGCCAUGGGUGGAUCAGAUCGGUAGCGUGCCCAAGGCUGAGGCCAUGCCGUAG